GCCAUUUUUCGUCGCUGGGUGAUGACGAAGGUUACGUAAAUGAAGCGCGGCAAACAACGUUUGUAAUUUAUGUAAUUUAUGAGAAAAACGUCGUGUUUUUUGUUCUCUUCUCCGCUGCAGACAUGUCUCUCGUACGGUUCCGUGCCUCAGCCAGCAGACUCCAGAGUUUAGUCUUUACAGGUUGUUCCCGCGGAGUCAGCGGAGCGGUGAAGGACAAGGAGCCGCUGAAGAAAGCCAAAACCCCGCAGGGACGCUUUGACAUCCCCGAGGAGAAGACCAACCCUGUUCUGGAAAAGUUCCCUGAUGAUGUGAACCCUGUAACCAAGGAGAAGGGGGGUCCUCGAGGUCCAGAGCCCACCCGCUACGGAGACUGGGAGAGAAAGGGCCGCUGUGUAGACUUCUAGUUCAAUGCUUGUAAAUCUGAUAUAUCACACCUGUAAAUGGAUAUUUAUAGUACGUGGCACUUUU